AGUGUGACUGUUUGAGGUUGUGGACAGGUGUCUUUUAUACUGAUAACAAGUUCAAACAGGUGCCAUUAAUACAGGUAACGAGUGGAGGACAGAGGAGCCUCUUAAAGAAGAAGUUACAGGUCUGUGAGAGCCAGAAAUCUUGCUUGUUUGUAGGUGACCAAAUACUUAUUUUCCACCAUAAUUUGCAAAUAAAUUCAUUAAAAAUCCUACAAUGUGAUUUUCUGAAUUUUUUUCUCUCAAUUUAACUGUCAUAGUUGACGUGUACCUAUGAUGAAAAUUACAGGCCUCUCUCAUCUUUUUAAGUGGGAGAACUUGCACAAUUGGUGGCUGACUAAAUACUUUUUUUCCCCACUGUAAAUAACAAUGACAUAGCCUAGGGCAUUGAAAGUCAAUGGCUAUGAUCAGCUUUUUAGCAGGUGUACCAUGGCUGGAAUGGCACUGUAACCAUAGCACUUAAUCCCACAGUGUACAUUGAGGGAAAAAAGUAUUUGAUCCCCUGCUGAUUUUGUUCGUUUGCCCACUGACAAAGACAUGAUCAGUCUAUAAUUUUAAUGGUAGGUUUAUUUGAACAGUGAGAGACAGAAUAACAACAAAAAAAUCCAGAAAAACACAUGUCAAAAAUGUUAUGAAUUGAUUUGCAUUUUAAUGAGGGAAAUACGUAUUUGACCCCUCUGCAAAACAUGACUUAGUACUUGGUGGCAAAACCCUUGUUGGCAAUCACAGAGGUCAGACGUUUCUUGUAGUUGGCCACCAGGUUUGCACACAUCUCAGGAGGGAUUUUGUUCCACUCCUCUUUGCAGAUCUUCUCCAAGUCAUUAAGGUUUCGAGGCUGACGUUUGGCAACUCAAACCUUCAGCUCCCUCCACAGAUUUUCUAUGGAAUUAAGGUCUGGAGACUGGCUAGGCCACUCCAGGACCUUAAUGUGCUUCUUCUCGAGCCACUCCUUUGUUGCCUUGGCCGUGUGUUUUGGGUCAUUGUCAUGCUGGAAUACCCAUCCACGACCCAUUUUCAAUGCCCUGGCUGAGGGAAGGAGGUUCUCACCCAAAAUUUGACGGUACAUGGCCCCGUCCAUAGUCCCUUUGAUGCGGUGAAGUUAUCCUGUCCCCUUAGCAGAAAAAUACCCCCAAAGCAUAAUGUUUCCACCUCCAUGUUUGACAUUGGGGAUGGUGUUCUUGGGGUCAUAGGCAGCAUUCCUCCUCCUCCAAACACGGCGAGUUGAGUUGAUGCCAAAGAGCUCGAUUUUGGUCUCAUCUGACCACAACACUUUCACCCAGUUCUCCUCUGAAUCAUUCAGAUGUUCAUUGGCAAACUUCAGACGGCCCUGUAUAUGUGCUUUCUUGAGCAGGGGGACCUUGUGGGCGCUGCAGGAUUUCAGUCCUUCACGGCGUAGUGUGUUACCAAUUGUUUUCUUGGUGACUAUGGUCCCAGCUGCCUUGAGAUCAUUGACAAGAUCCUCCCGUGUAGUUCUGGGCUGAUUCCUCACCGUUCUCAUGAUCAUUGCAACUCCACGAGGUGAGAUCUUGCAUGGAGCCCCAGGCCGAGGGAGAUUGACAGUUAUUUUGUGUUUCUUCCAUUUGCGAAUAAUCACACCAACUGUUGUCACCUUCUCACCAAGCUGCUUGGCAAUGGUCUUGUAGCCCAUUCCAGCCUUGUAUAGGUCUACAAUCUUGUCCCUGACAUCCUUGGAGAGCUCUUUGGUCUUGGCCAUGGUGGAGAGUUUGGAAUCUGAUUGAUUGAUUGCUUCUGUGGACAGGUGUCUUUUAUACAGGUAACAAACUGGGAUUAGGAGCACUCCCUUUAAGAGUGUGCUCCUAAUCUCAGCUCGUUACCUGUAUAAAAGACACCUGGGAGCCAGAAAUCUUUCUGAUUGAGAGGGGGUCAAAUACUUAUUUCCCUCAUUAAAAUGCAAAUGAAUUUAUAACAUUUUUGACAUGCGUUUUUCUGGAUUAUUUUGUUGUUAUUCUGUCUCUCACUGUUCAAAUAAACCUAGCAUUAAAAUUAUAGACUGAUAAUUUCUUUGUCAGUGGGCAAACGUACAAAAUCAGCAGGGGAUCAAAUACUUUUUUCCCUCACUGUAUAAGGUCCAAACACCUCUUUUAUGAUUUGGCAGUUUGCUGUACUCCCACCAUACAGUAUGGGCAAAGUUUUCGUCAUUCAAAAAAAACACAUCUGUGCAUAAAAUACUGUACAAUUUUAAACUUUUCUUCAAUGUGCGUUAAUUUAAGAAGGCAACUAUUUAUGCAUUGCUCAGUUUAGUGAACUCUAGCCUAGUUAAAUAAUCGCCUCCAUAUAACGUUCAUUGAUAUAUGUAUAUUUAAAAGUUUGAAAUAAAAUCACGCUGUCAUAUUAUAAUGAUGUUUACGGGUAUUUUUUGCACCAAUCUGUGCUCUACUGCAUUGCGAAAAAAUGCCAUCCUACAAUAUGUGUUCCAUUCUAUUUUUAUGGCCCCCACAGCCUAGGCAAAGUGAAGCUCACUGCCUUGCAUGCUUCUACCCAAGGAACGACGUCAGUAGUCAUUGCCUUUGGGAGGCUUAAAUGCUGUGAGUCACCCAAGCAGCCGAGCUCCUCACCCUCCCUAGAAAACCACAGCGUGUCUAGACCACAUGGACUGACUCAGUCAGGGUGGCUUCUCCUCUCCCGUCUCCUUUCCUUCAUCUGUGUUGUGAAAGACUGAUGAAUGCCUGCCAGUGCAAAUGAAGGUGAAUGACUCAAGGAGAGUAGAGGAAGCCACUUUAGACUAUUGAAAUGCACCCUCAGAGCUUCAGUGAGGAUUCCUGAUGUGGUAAGGCAGAUAUCAGUCAAAAUAACACACGCGUCUACAGAGUCAAAUUCCUCAAACCCAUCAGAAUGAAAUCCCUCCGGUUUGCUUAAUGUGACUGCAUCUAUUGCAGUCACAUGCUGCACUGUAGUAGCACAGGUGUAGUACUUGGAACCAUUCUGUGUGUCUGUCUGUGUGCGUCUGUAUGUCUGUUUGUCUGUCUGUGUGUGUGUGUGAUUGUGGUUGGCCCUGCAGGUCUCAUGGGUAUGCCCAGCGAGUCGAGCCAUCAGCCGCGGAUGUUGUGCUCCUACCAGCACUCCCAUGGCGGAGGCAGCAGCAGCUCCCACAGCCACCAACACGCACACAACCACAGUCACCAUCAAAACCACCCACCCCACCACCAACCACCCCACUCGCAGCACCUCUCUCCCCACGCCACGCACAACCAACACCAACCUCAUCAACACACUCAACACGGGCAGCACUCAUCUCAACACACACAGCACCCUCAACACCGCCAGCACCUCAACAGUGGGCAGCAGCAGUCACAGCACCUCCAGAACCAUAAUGGCCAGCCAGCACAGAUGCCCUGCACCAGCACUGGUAAGACACAUUACUGUACUGUACACACUACUGUACUGUCCGAGAGGAAAUGCGCCCAAACAAUGCACGGCCGAGUGCCUCUGACUAGAAUAUCGUCUGUCAUUUUCUGUUAAUUUCCCGACGAUUCCACAUGCUGAAUCGGCACAAACAGCCACCGCUCGGCGACACCCAGCAGGCGGUCGCUUUAACACACCGCUGCGACAGCAAACGAUAGGAAGGCCACCCACUGCUUUUAGCCGUUCAUUGUGGUGGUGUGUCUGAAGCUUAAGGCAGGACAUAAAUGUGUAGCUCAGUUGGUAGAGCAUGGUGUUUGCAACGCCGGGGUUGUGGGUUCGAUUCUCACCGGGGGCCAGUAUGAAAAAUGUAUGCACUCACUAACUGUAAGUCGCUCUGGAUAAGAGCGUCUGCUAAAUGACUAAAAUGUAAAUUAAAUACUACUCCCUACAUGCUCAGCAUGGACUCAUGGAUUGCGUUAUAUUAGCUAUGUAGUUUGUUUUCCCGCUACUACUCAAAGCAUGUUAUACUGUGUGACUUAAACUCAUAGAGACAGGCAUUUCUGAACCUCACUGAGGUCUUUCAUUUGCCUGGGCUUGUCUUUGUUUUUCCUGUGUCUCUGCACUGGGCUCUAGGCUCAGAGAAAAGCCCUAUACAAAUAGACGCUCCAUUAUCUGGGUUAUUUCCCUCUCCACAGCGCCUGGGAUGAAUGAAAGCAAUCCCAUGUCUUUGAUCCACAGCUUCAAAUGUGUUGCCGUUUGGGUUUGUGGUGAAAGGAAGAAAAUGAUUCCUCUUCACUAACGUCUGUGACUUGAAUUUACUCUGUGAAAAAGGACAUCUUGUGGUCAAAAGCUUCACUGCAUCUCACUCAAACACCACAUUACUUCUGUUGGUCCUUGACUGUCACUCUGUUGAUUACAGGACCGUGCUCUUGUGUCAACGUUUCCCUAACCGUGUUCCCAGGCUAAUUGCUAUAGCAGAUAGAGAGCUGGUUGGUGAACGAGACUAACAUUUCUCCUACCGUUACUUAAUUGCGCCUUCCAGCCUAGCCCUGUCCCUGCCUUGCUCUGUUGCCCACUCCCACUACCUAAAAUAAUUUGUUUUAGGUUUGUUUCAAUAUAAUUAUUAGAUGCCUAACUGAUUUUGUGGCCCUGGCGCUACACCUUAGAAGACAUCUAGGGGGAAAACAUGUGUGUGUCUCUGCAGGUCUGUCAGCCGACUGGUACCCCAACCUGGACUGGCUGAAGGAGCGCUGUCGCAUCGCCGGCAGCUACAACUGGGCUGACGUAGACCUCUCUCCAUUCCAAGGUAAGAAGAAGAAUACUUUAUUAAGACGGACCAAACCUCAGAUAUACACACACACAUUAACUUGGAGAGAUGGGGCAGUGGGAGCCACAAUAUAGUGUUGUUCCUUGCACAACAGCAGGUGAUGUUAUCUUUCUUGGAUUUGUCACUAACAACCCUGUAGUAGUCAGCUCAAAUCCCAUCAGAUUUUUUUCCAGGAUUUGAACCGGAAACCUUCUGGUAGCAAGCCCACUCCGCUAACCUCUAGACUCCCUGCCGCCGCCUAAACCACCAACUAGCAUAUCCUAAAUGUAAGAAAUGGUGGUAACAUCACGUGUAUAAUGCUAUUAUAACACCUUCUGUCACAAUCAGCUCAUGGCUCCUUGUUGCAGCCUUAUUACUGAAUUUAAAUGUAUAAAUAAAUACCUUUAAUGCGUUCAUCAUUAUGCACAGGUAAUUCAUAGGAAAUGAUACUGAAAUGUACAGAAAUGUCACUUACCGACAAUGAAACACAAUUAAGGUUAUACAGUGCAUUCGGAAAGUAUUCAGACCCCUUUACUUUUUCCACAUUUUGUUACAUUACAGCCUUAUUUAAAAAUUGAUUAAAAUUGUUUUUUUCCCCUCAUGAAUCUACACACAAUACCCCAUAAUGAUAAAGCAAAAACAGGUAUUAGAUUUUUUUUCAGAUUUAUUAAAAAUAAAAAACUGAAAUAUUAUACAGUGUAUUUACAUAAGUAUUCAGACCCUUUACUCAGUACUUUGUUGAAGCACCUCUGGAAGCGAUUACAGCCUCAAGUCUUCUAGGGUAUGACGCUACAAGCUUGGCACACCUGUAUUUGGGGAGUUUUCCCCAUUCUUCUCUGCAGAUCCUCUCAAGCUCUGUCAGGUUGGAUGGGGAGCGUCGCUGCACAGGUAUUUUCAGGUCUCUGGCCAGAGAUGUUGGAUCGGGUUCAAGUCCGGGCUCUGGCUGGGCCACUCAAGGACAUUCAGAGACUUGUCCCGAAGCCACUCCUGCGUUGUCUUGGCUGUGGGCUUAGGGUUGUUGUCCUGUUGGAAGCUGAACCUUCACCCCAGUCUGAGGUCCUGAGCGCUCUGGAGCAGGUUUUCAUCAAGGAUUAUUUAUUUUUAUUUUAUUUCACCUUUAUUUAACCAGGUAAGCCAGUUGAGAACAGGUUCUCAUUUACAACUGCGACCUGGCCAAGAUAAAGCAAAGUAGUGCAAUAAAAACAACACAGAGUUACAUAUGGGGUAAAAAAAAAAAACAUAAAGUCAGAAAUACAACAGAAAAUAUAUAUACAGUGUGUGCAAAUGUAGCAAGUUAUGGAGGUAAGGCAAUAAAUAGGCUAUAGUGCAGAAUAAUUACAAUAGUAUUAACACUGGAAUGCUAGAUGUGCAAGAGAUUAUGUGCAAAUAGAGAUACUGGGGUGCAAAAGAGCAAAAUAAAUAACAAUAUAGGGAUGAGGUAGUUGGGUGGGCUAAUUUCAGAUGGGCUGUGUACAGGUGCAGUGAUCGGUAAGGUGCUCUGACAACUGAUGCUUAAAGUUAUUGAGGGAGAUAAGAGUCUCCAGCUUCAGAGAUUUUUGCAAUUCGUUCCAGUCAUUGGCAGCAGAGAACUGGAAGGAAUGGCGGCCAAAGGAGGUGUUGGCUUUGGGAAUGACCAGAGAGAUAUACCUGCUGGAGCGCAGACUACGGGUGGGUGCUGCUAUGGUGACCAAUGAGCUAAGAUAAGGCGGGGAUUUGCCUAGCAGUGAUUUAUAGAUGGCCUGGAGCCAGUGGGUUUGACGACGAACAUGUAGUGAGGACCAGCCAACAAGAGCGUACAGGUCACAGUGGUGGGUAGUGUAUGGGGCUUUGGAGACAAAACGGAUGGCACUGUGAUAGACUACAUCCAAUUUGCUGAGUAGAGUGUUGGAGGCUAUUUUGUAAAUGACAUCGCCGAAGUCAAGGAUCGGUAGGAUAGUCAGUUUUACGAGGGCAUGUUUGGCAGCAUGAGUGAAGGAGGCUUUGUUGCGAAAUAGGAAGCCGAUUCUAGAUUUAACUUUGGAUUGGAGAUUCUUUAUGUGAGUCUGGAAGUUGAGUUUACAGUCUAACCAGACACCUAGAUAUUUGUAGUUGUCCACAUACUCUAGGUCAGACCCGUCGAGAGUGGUGAUUCUAGUCGGGUGGGCGGGUGCUAGCAGCGUUCGAUUGAAAAGCAUGCAUUUAGUUUUACUAGUGUUUAAGAGCAGUUGAAGGCUACUGAAGGAUUGUUGUAUGGCAUUGAAGCUCGUUUGGAGGUUUGUUAACACAGUGUCCAAUGAAGGGCCAGAUGUAUACAAAAUGGUGUCGUCUGCGUAGAGGUGGAUCUGAGAGUCACCAGCAGCAAGAGCGACAUCAUUGAUAUACACGGAGAAAAGGAUCUCUCUGUACUUUGCUCCGUUCAUCUUUCCCUCGAUCCUGACUAGUCUCCAGUCCCUGCCGCUGAAAAACAUCUCCACAGGAUGAUGCUGCCACCACCAUGCUUCACUGUAGGGAUGGUGCCAGACGUGACGCUUGGCAUUCAGGCCAAAGAGUUCAAUCUUGGUUUCAUCAGACCAGAGAAUCUUGUUUCUCAUGGUCUGAGAGUCCUUUAGGUGCCUUUUGGCAAACUCCAAGUGGGCUGUCUCCAGAGGAGCUCUGGAGGUCUGUCAGAGUGACCAUCGGGUUCUUGGUUGCCUCCCUGACCAAGGCCCUUCUCCCCCGAUUGCUCAGUUUGGCCGGGCGGCCAGCUCUAGGAAGAGUCUUGGUGGUUCCAAACUUCUUCCAUUUAAGAAUGAUGGAGGCCACUGUGUUCUUGGGGACCUUCAAUGCUGCAGAAAUGUUUUGGUACCGUUCCCCAGAUCUGUGCCUCGACACAAUCCUGUCUCGGAGCACUACGGACAAUUCCUUCAACCUCAUGGCUUGGUUUUUGCUCUGACAUGCGCUGUCAACUGUGGGACCUUAUAUAGGUAGGUGUGUGCCUUUCCAAAUCAUGUCCAAUCAAUUGAAUUUACCACAGGUGGACUCCAAUCAAGUUGUAAGGAUGAUCAAUGGAAACAGGAUGCACCUCAGCUCAAGUUCAAGUCUUCUAGCAAAGGGUCUGAAUACUUAUGUAAAUAAGGUAUUUCUGUUUCUUAUUUUUAAUAAUUUGCAAGAAAAUCUAAAAACCUGUUUUCGCUUUGUCAUUAUGGGGUAUUGUGUGUAGAUUGAUGAGGAUUUUUUAUUUAAUCCAUUUUAGAAUAAGGCUGUAACGUAACAAAAUGUGGAAAAAGUCAAUGGGUCUGAAUACUUUCCGAAUGCACUGAGUGAACACCUGUCCUUUCAUGACAUAGACUGACCAGGUGAAUUCAGGUGAAAGCUAUGAUCCCUUAUUGAUGUCACUUGUUAAAUCCAUUUCAAUCAGUGUAGAUGAAGGGGAGGAGACAGGUUAAAGAAGGAUUUUUAAGCCUUGAGACAAUUGAGACAUGAAUUGUGUAUGUGUGCCAUUCAGGGGGAGAAUGGGCAAGAAAAAAGAUUGAAGUGCCUUUGAACGGUGUAUGGUAGUAGGUGCCAGGCGCACCGGUUUGUGUCAAGAACUGCAACGCUGCUGGGUUUUUGACGCUCAACAGUUUCCUGUGUGUAUCAGGAAUGGCCCACCACCCAAAGGACAUCCAGCCAACUUGACACAACUGUGGGAAGCGUUGGAGUCAACAUGGGCCAGCAUCCCUGUGGAACGCUUUCGACACUUUGUAGAGUCCAUUCCCCAAUGAAUUGAGGCAAUUCAAUAUUAGGAAGGUGUUCUUAAUGUUUUGUAUGCUCAGUGUACGCGAAAGUGACAUCACAAUAAGUUAGGCCCUAUGUAUGGUUGUAAGUCACUUUGGAUACAGAGCAUCUGUUAAAUGAAUGUAGCACAAUGUCAAUGAUAGUUUCCGAGGUAGAAAAGGCCCAUCCUAGGAUGCGUAUGAAAUGGCACCCUAUUACCAAUGAAGUGCACUAUAUGCAUCUGAAAUGGCACCCUAUUCCCAAUGUAGUGUACUACUUUUGACCAGAGGCCCCUAGUCAAAAGUAGUGCACAACGUAGCGAAUAGGGUCGCAGCCAUUUGGGCCGCAGCCCUAGUCUCUGGUCUGCUUGGCUAUUGCCUCAGUGUGAAUAAUCUAAUUAUCCCUGGCUGUGGAGCACUCUUAUCAGGGUCAGUGCACAUCUACUGAUGAUUGAUGACAUUGCUGAAUAUUUAGAUACAACUCGCCCCCACAGCACUUGACCUCAUUCACAGUCAAGCAGCACUGGUGGAACGCUAUCCUCCUUCUCCCCUAUCCUCCCCUAACUAACAUACUGCUUUCAUCCAUCUAGUGUUUUCAGUAGGGUUGCAAAAUUCCCAGGUUUUCCAGAAAUUCCGAUUGGAGUAUUCCCUAAUUUCCUGCUUAUUUCUCUCCUGAUUCUUGAAAUCUUCGGGAAAGUGACUGUAAUUUUGCAACACCAGUGCAGGUGAGAGAAAGGAGACUAAAAGGAGAGGAAGGUACUUAGGACUACUGAAACUAAAACGACCCCGUCUGUGUGUGUCUAUGAAAGGACUGAAGGAAAGCAUGAGGCAGGCGGAGCUGAACAACUGGUCCCUGGAUCCAGCCCAGAUAGCAGACCUGUGCUCCUCCAUCAACCAGUUCUUCACCCGCACCAGGGUCAUCCCACCACAAGGGCCAUUGCAACCACAGCCACCCCCACCUGCCUGCCACGGCCCCAUGCACACCAGCAAGCCCAGUCAGCACAUAAACACAGGUCAGUGGCCAGUAGAAUGGAGUUGCCCCUCUAGAGACUGGUCUAAAGUCAGUUGUUAACAAUGGUUAAGCUUCGUGGACGGAUGGAAACCUGAUCCUAGGUCUGUACUUAAGCGCAGUCUCUACCGUGCCUCCCAUAUAGAUCUGAAAGGGUUGGAUUGGUUAAAGCGAAACUUCCUUGUGCUGAUCUAAUCAAGUAGGCUAUAUAUCAGUGGAGUUCAAAUCAAAUGUUAUUUGUCACAUGCUUCGUAAACAACAGGUGUCGACUAACAGUGAAAUGCUUACUUACUGGCCCUUCCAACAAUGCAGAGAGAAAAAAAGAGAAAUAAUAUAAAAAUAUAAUAACACGAGGAAUAAAUACACAAUGAGUAACGAUAACUUGGCUAUAUAAACGUGGGUACCAGUACCGAGUCGAUCUGCAGGGGUACGAGGUAAUUGAGAUAGAUAUGUAACAGGAUUGAUAAUAAACUGAAUGACUGUUGCUUCCUGUUGGUUGUCUUCAUCUCCUGUAGGUAAUCUGUAUAUGGACUCAAGACAGAACAUGUCUUCAAUGAUGGGACCCCCGGGUUACCCCCACAUGCCCCCCAUGAGCACUGCAGGCUCCACGAUGACAGGUACUACUGCUAACUACUCAGCCCCCUCUCAUAGUGGACAUUGUGUGUGUGUGUGUGUGUACACACUCUAAAACACACACCCACACAUUAUUCUUAGUAAUGUAAGGUAGUAUUGUAAUGUAAUAAUGGUGCAAUGUAACUUUGAAUAAAACGUUGUUUUGUUUGAUGUCUGUUUGGACCCCAGGAAGAGUAGCUGCUGCCUUGGCAACAGCUAAUGGGGAUCCUGCUAAAAUACUAAUACUGUUUGUGUGUGUGUGUGUGUGUGUAUGCGUGAGUGUGUGUUUGUACUGCUGCCUUACACCUUUACCUCCAUCCUCAGGGCACCAUGGCCAGAUGAACCAGCAGCACAUGAUGCCACCCGGGCACUACCAGAUGAGGAGGCUGCCUACCGAAGACAUCCAGGACGACUUUGACUGGGACUCCAUCGUUUAGAACUGCCCCAAGGAGAGGAAGAAAGAGGGAUAGCGAUAGGGAAAGGGGAUGGGAAGAGUGGAAGAGGAGUGGAACCGGCCACCUGCCCUUUGGAGAAAGAGAGACAUUCCAGAAGAGUAUCAAUCCCCUGA